AUGGGGUACCUCUCCUGCCGGGCGGAUUCGUCCGCGGCGACGUGCCGCUCCAUCACGGCCAUCUCGCCGCUCCCCAUCUCGCGCCGCGCCAGGGGCCCCGCCGGCGCCGCGGCGCCGCCGCCCGCCGCCGCGCCGGAGAUCGAGCGCUUCGCGUACGACGACCUGGAGGCCGCCACAUCCUGCUUCGCCGACGCCGCGCUGCUCGGCCGGGGCAGCCACGGGGCCGUCUACAAGGCCGUGCUCCCCUCGGGCCGCGCCGUCGCCGUCAAGCGCCCCUCCCCGCGCCGCGCCGAGGUGGACAAUGAGAUCCGCAUCCUCUCCUCCGUGCGCGGCCCGCGCCUCGUCAACCUCCUCGGCUACUCCGACCCCGGCCCCGGCCCCGACCCGCUCCGCCGCCCGCGCCUGCUCGUCGUCGAGUACAUGCCCAACGGCACGCUCUACGACCUGCUCCACUCCAACCCGCGCCCGCCCGGCUGGCCGCGCCGCGUCCGCCUCGCGCUGCAGACCGCCAGGGCGCUGCGCACGCUCCACGAAGCCGAGCCCGCCGUCAUCCACCGCGACGUCAAGUCCGCCAACGUCCUGCUCGACGCUCACCUCGACGCGCACCUAGGCGACUUCGGCCUCGCCCUCCGCGUCCCCAAGAGGGACGGCGGCCCCGGCAAUGCCGCCACGCCGGCGCCCGCGGGCACGCUCGGCUACCUGGACCCGGCCUACGUCACCCCGGAGAGCCUCAGCACCAAGACCGACGUCUUCAGCUUCGGGAUCCUGCUGCUGGAGAUCAUGAGCGGACGCAAGGCCAUCGACGUUCAGUACUCGCCGCCCUCCGUCGUCGAGUGGGCGGUGCCCCUGCUGCGCAAGGGAAAGGUCGUCGCGCUGUUUGACCCACGGGUGGCGCCGCCCCGCGACCCAGUCACUCGGAGGGACCUGGCUUCGCUGGCUGCAAGCUGUGUGCGGUCCUGCCGGGAGCGACGGCCUUCCAUGUCUGACAUUGUUGAGCGGCUCGUCGUCAUCAGCAAGGCGGUGUCUGCCAAGGUGUGGAACGGGAUGGCGGUGGUAGGGAACCCUUGUGCCAUUGUUGAUGUUCAGAAGACCAUCUCGAAGCGAGCUGCUGCAUCAGAGAAGGAAUCGACUUCAGCAUUGGCAUUUGAUGAUGAUGAAAAGGAGGCAGAUGCAACCUUGGAGGAGCUGGUGCCGCUGGUGGGUGCCAAGAAACCACCACGGCCAUUGAAGAACGGAAAGGUGUUCUCUGAGGCAGGGGAUGGUGAGAGGAGAAAUCUCUUGGAGCUGAUGGCUCGGAUUGAUGGUGUUGCUGGCCAAAGAUUUGGCAUCAGUCGGGCAAGAACAGUGCGCGGCACUAGUGAUCUUAUACAAAAAGAUGCAGUCUUGAUCCUGAGGAGGAACCAAACCGUAAGAGUGGUUGAAUCAGAUGCACUCGGUAAAGUUGAAAGGGUUUCACGUUUAGAUGCAAGCAUCAAGCAUAAACCGGCAAUAGAAUUUCAAGAGAAACCAGAGAAAAUGCAAGACAAGGGCGAUGGAGUGCAAGAGAAAGCAGAGAAAAUCCAAGAGAAGGAAGGCAAAAUCCAAGAAAAUCCAGGGGAAAUUGAUAGAGCUGAGAAUAUCCAAGAAAAGACGGGGCAAAUCCUUGACAAAGCUGAGAAAAUCAAAGAAAAGACAGGGCAGAUCCUUGACAAAGCGGAGAAAAUCCAAGGCAUGCCGGAGAAAGUCCAAGAAAAUGAAAGAAAAAUCCAAGAGCACACGGAGGUAGUCCAACACAAUGUGGAGAAGAUCCAAGACAAAGCAGAGAAAAUCCAAUGCAAGUUGAAAGAAAGUUAA